GCCUUGGCCUUCAUGCGCCAGAACCUUUUGAUCGCAGCUUCUGACGAUGGGUGGGUGAGGAUUUGGAAUGUCACGGUGGGUGAGGUGCAGCUUGCAUGGCGCGCCAACAACGGUAGCGUUGUCAGCUUGGCUGUGGAUCAAUCCCUGGCCACGAGUGGUUAUGACCGCAUAGGGAUACGGGAGCCCUGGUCACUCCAGCUCUGGGAUCCAGGGACUUCGCGGCUGCUUUCAGCGACCCGCAAGUUUGGCGUGGUGACCCACGUUGCGAAUUUUGGCCCUGACCACCUGGUCUUUGGUGGGCCAGAUCAUCUGGUGUACAUUGUGCUGCUGCCAAAUUGGGAAGUGGUCCAAACCUUGAAAGGGCCCGAGGAUGCGGUCCAUGCGCUGCAUACGUUUGACGGGUUUAUUGCCAGCGGCAGUGCCGAUCGGAUAGUGAGGCUGUGGCGGUGUUAUCGCACAGCUUGUGAUUCUGAUGACUUCACAGGUUUCUGGCAGCGGCGAAAAAUGGAAGAGUGA